CAUAUGGGAGAUCGACGCAAAAUAUUCAACAGCCAGAGUCAUUCAGUAACAUGCCUGAGUUCUAAGCACUUAAAAGUGUGGCGUAUUUUGAACGGGACGAUCGUGGAACGGUAGUAACCGCUGGAAACGCAAAUUCACAAAAAAGAGAAAAAAAGUUGUCCAAAAAUUAGUUUGAUUUUAAUAACGAAACAAUUGUGGAAAGUUUUUUCAAGUGUGGUGUUCCUUAGGGUCACAGACAAAUAAAUAAAAUAUAUUUUUUUUGAUAAAUAAAUUUUUUAACAAAUUGGAAAAUAAUUAAACAACACACAAAAAUGUCCGCAACACAUAAUCAACAGAAAGAAUUGACACCUCUAACCAGGGCUGCUUUACAAGUUGUAGCCGGUGGUUCGGCCGGUUUUGUCGAAGUUUGCAUUAUGCAGCCCCUCGAUGUGGUUAAGACCCGCAUGCAGUUGGGCGGUGGAGUGCAUCAAUACAAAGGUGUCUUCGAUUGUUUUGGCAAAAUGUAUCGCCACGAGGGUCUUUACUCCUUUUGGAAGGGCAUUUUGCCACCUGUCAUAGCGGAAACUCCUAAAAGAGCCAUUAAAUUCGUGUGUUUCGAACAAACUAAGCCACUAUUUUUGUUUGGAGCUCCGGCGCCCACACCAUUGACCUUCUCUUUGGCUGGCUUAACUGCCGGUCUUCUUGAAGCCAUUGCCGUUAAUCCCUUUGAAGUGGUUAAAGUUGCCCAACAAGCGGAUAAGACCAAAAUGAAGGAGGCCCAAAGUACGUGGGCGGUGACAAAGCAAAUCAUACAAAAAGAUGGCUUCGGUUUUCGUGGUCUCAACAAGGGUGUCACCGCCACCAUGGGUCGCAAUGGCGUUUUCAAUAUGGUCUAUUUCGGUUUCUAUCACAGCGUUAAGAACAUUGUGCCGGCCUACGAUGAUCACACCAAAGAAUUUUUGCGCAAAGUAUUGAUUGGUUUCACCUCCGGAACAUUGGCCUGCUUCGUAAACAUUCCCUUCGAUGUGGCGAAGUCACGCAUUCAGGGACCUCAACCGCAACCGGGUGUUAUCAAAUACAAAUCAACAUUUGGUUCAAUGGCUCUGGUGUAUCGUGAGGAGGGUUUCCGUGCCCUGUACAAGGGUUUGGUGCCGAAGGUGAUGCGUUUGGGUCCCGGUGGUGCUAUUAUGUUGUUGGUAUUUGAGUACGCCUAUGAGUUUUUACAACAGAAAUGUUUAUAAAGUCAAUGCAUGUUGUUUGUUAGUGAUAAAUGUAUUUAAGUGAAUUAAUGAUAAUUAUAAACUAUUAACUAAUUGUUUUUUAACUGCCUUUUGCUAUUUUGUUAAUGUUGCAGAUCUAUUUUUUCGGAAAAUUGAACUUUUUUUAAUUUUUUAUACCUUUUUUUGUAUAAAAUGAUGUAACGAAAUUGCGAAAUAAAAUAUGAAAGCAUUUAAAGGAAAUAAUC